AUGUCUAAAAAAAGUUAUAAAGCAUUAGCAAUACUCUUUUUGAUUUUCUGUCUCACUUCAGCAGCAUCACCUGAAGUGGUGGAACUUCAUAAAGAAAAAAUAUUUGAAUUUAAAAAAGCUAAUGGUCCUUUAGUUUAUGAAAUAUAAGCCAAUUUAGUUAAGAACUAGGCCGAUUAUUUGAUGAUAGAAGUAGAAAGUUUGACUCUAAGAUAAGACACUUAAAUUUACAUUUCACUCUAAGGUAAAACUCCUUUAAGCAAGAAAGACAGUGAUGUAGUUUGCUCUCGUUAUGAGUAUGAUGUUUGUCUUAUUCCUGCAAGUUAAAUUAAGUAAUUCAACCCAAGUUCAGAUGAUGUUAAGGUCAUUUUUACUGUUAGCUGCUAAAAUGAUUGCAGUUUUGAGCUUUAUACUUCUUAUGAAAACUCUCUUCCUCUCCCUAUAAAUGAUGAGAAGAUUUUGGUUGUUAAGGAAUCAAAUGAUUUGGAACUUUAAAUUUAAAUAGAAAAUACUACUGAAAAGCCAAUUAAUACAUUCAUAUUAACUGCAGAGUUAUUAAAUCCAAUAGAAAUAGAACACUAUUUUACUAUGAGUGUUAUAUCUGAAGAUGAUGCAAAAGUUAUUUACGAAGCCGGAUAGCUUGGUUAUGGUCCUAUAAAAGGUGUUUUCGAAAUAAGAGGAGAUAAAAUAUGUAAAGGAAAAUGCUCACUUCAUUUAUUAAUAGAUGCAAAAAAGGGUAGUUUAAUCAAAAUAAAUACAUACGGUUAUGACAAAGUAAGAGAAGUUGAUCCAUUUAAAAUCUACUAUGAUUAGGUAGAAGCUAAUUCUGAAUUAGUGAUGAAACUAGACUUAAAUUACUUUAAAGAAAUAGAACAUAUUAAUUUAAAUUAAAAGACUAUUAAUUUCUAAUUAGUUCCUAAGUCUGGAACUUGUUCUCUGAGUGUACACCCCUCUUAAAUAUAACCCUAAGAUUAAAGUAGCUACAUGUUUAAAUCUGAAGAAGAGAAUGCGCAAGCUAUAAGAAUUCAUUAUGAUUAGCAUAAGAGAGAAGAUCAUGUUUAUUGGAUUAAUAUCAAAACUAAGAAAAGCAGAUGUGUUUUUAGUAUCAAAGCUGAUUUUGUUGAUAAUUUAAAUCAAUAGAUCACUAUCAACCAUCCUAUUACAGGUAAGGCUAGUAAAGCAACUCCUGAAGAGUACAAAUUGACUCUAUUAGGUAACCAUUCUUAAACAGUGAAGGUUGUUCUCCAUGGUGAUAAUCCCUAUGCUGAAUUAUAUAUUAAGCUCUGUCCAAGUGCAGAUAACUGCAUAGUCACUUAGGGAGAUAUAUAAAAGAAAAAAGGAUUUUUCUAGAUCAGUAAUCCAUCUUCAUCUCAAAGUUAAAUUGUUAAAUUCAACCAUGUGCCAUAGAAUUGUCCUGAGUACAAAGACUAUAAGGAAGUUCACGACAGUUUCCCUUCUUGCACUUACUUAAUUGUGGUUUAUUCUCCUUAAAAAGAUUUUGAAUAUACAAUUGAAGCUAUCUCUUCUAGCAAAUACAUUAGACACAUAGCUAUUAGAGAAAACGAAAGUAUUUUUGAUAGUGUUGCUGAGCAAGAAGAUAACAUUUACAGAUUUUAAGUCGUUGAUAUUAUAGAUGAAGUUAAAUUUGUUGCUAAAACAUUGUUCGGAAAGAUUACAGUUUCUGCAUUUUUCUCAGCUGAUGGAACAAAUGUUAGUUUAGAUAAUAAUUCAUAUCCAAUUUAAGUUAGUUAAUGGAAUGAAAUGUCAUUUUAAAAUCCUAAGAUUGGAUUUUAUUACAUUACAGUUUUUGGAAACACUGAUUCUUAAUAUACUAUCACUCCAGUUGUAAAUCGUCCAGAAAAGAGAGGUGAAAUAAAUAUCUUGAAGUUAAAACAAGACAUUCCAUAAUAGGUGAUGGAGUCAACAGGCAGUAAGCUAUCAUAUUUUGAAAUUUCUAUCACUAACUUUGAAGACAAGUACCCUGAAGUUUGGGUGAAAUUAGAUUAGAACACUAAUGAAUAUUAAGUGUAUAUGACAAAGGAUAGAGAUUUGUUUAUCACAGGCAAAUAUGAAAAUUUUGAAUGGUAGUUCACUUAGCAUUCUAAAACAGACUUACACUUGGAUUCUGAUGCUAUCAGUUCUAUUUAAAAGAAGAAACUUUAUAUAAUUGUUGUUCCAGUACACAAAGAGCUCUCUUAAUUCUAUGUGAUAAAGUACCACUUCAGUUUUGCUUAUUCAAUCUUAGAGUAUUCCAAGCCAGCUAAAGGUCAUAUAUCUUCUUAGAGCACAGUGCUUUACAAAAUUCCAAUAUUGUAGCCUAAAAACCUGUAAAUAACUAAGACCGUAGUUAAUAGUAGAUAAAACAAUAUUAAAAUCUAACUUGAUUUCAAUGAAAUUUUUAGUGGAUAGGCCAGCUAUUUCAAAGAGUAUAGUAACGACAUUGCCUCUAUUCCUGAAGAAACAAUUUAAAAAGGUUGCUAAAACUAAGGCUCAAAUAUGUGUUACUUGUACAUCAAUCUUUUAUCAAACUAAGAAUGUGAUUACUAGAUCUAAGUUGAUGAACAAGUUGAAGGUACACCUAUUAUGGCAUAUGAUGGAUACUCAAAUCUUUUAUUGGUACCAGAUAGAAUAUCAAAACCUAUUCAAGUUAACUAUAUUAUAAAUAAACCUGAAACUGUAGUUAUAACUACUUAAAAUGCAAAAGGCUUAAUAAUAUGUGCAACAAUUAUAAACUCACAAAGCUAAUUUGACAUGAUAGAUUAUCCAUAAUAAAGUGCUUGCUAAUACAAGUCUGAUGGUAAGUAAUUUUAUGAUCACAAUUACAUAAAAGUUCCUAAGAAAGAUAUUGAAGAGUUCUGUAAAUUCUCAGAUCCUCGCUACGUAUGUGGUCUUGAUAUUUCUAUUUUUACAAGCAAUGACUCAGAUAUUUAAGAUAAAUUUAGACUGAGCAUAAAUUCUGGUAUUGUUGAACUUCAAAAAGGAAAACCUGUAGUUGGUCAUGCAGGAUAAUAGAGCAUGGAAUACUUUAAGUAUAUUAGUAAUUCAGAAGAUCCUAUUAAGAUACAUGUGUUGCCUUUAGAUUCAUCAGAAAUAGAUGUUUUUGUAGUUUUUGGUGAAGAAAAUAGACCUUUACCUUUCAAGGAUUACGGAUGGUCCUUACAACUACAAAAUUAUGACGAUAAUAUUUUAGAAAUCAGCUAGCCUUUAGAAAUUUAAAACGGUUCUCUAUAAGGAGUUUAUAUUAUUGGUGUUUACUCUAAAUUUGCUUAUAGUAGAUUCUAAAUUACUGUUACAUAAGAAAUUUUACAUGUCCAGGAACUAUUCUAAAACAGCAUUUAUAACUAUAAGCUUUCAGCAAAUAGCGGCUUGUACUUUGAAUAUACUCCACAUCCUGCAGAGACAGAGUUUACAAUAAAAAUUAUUCCCUAAUAUGGUAAACCUAAAAUAGCUGUGAAAAAAAUGAAUCUUGGCAUAAUUCAAAACGGAUCUUUACCUGAUAUUAUUGGUGGAAAUUAUGCAUUAUCAAAUAAAUAUGAUGCAGAAAGUGAAUAACUCAAUGUAAAAAUAUUGGAUUGUGAUGAUUGCAUGUAUUACAUACAAGUCUACUCAUUCAAUUAGAAUAGUAAAUUUGCUUUAUAAAUAUCAGCUACAGAGUCUUAGCUGAUGCUAUAUAACUAAAUAUAUUCUUAUAAAUUUGAGAGUUAGCGCAAGACCUAGAAGCUGUAGUAUCAUAGCCAGGAACAAGGAUUCCUAAUUCUCAAUACGGAAUAUGGAGAAGCUUAAGCAACAGUUACCUUAAACGGGAAAGAUGUCCUGUACAAAUUAUUAUACUUUGUAGAAAUACCAUAUACUAUUGGUUAGGAUUUAUAGGUAUCAAUUUCAUGCUCUGAAUGCUCUUUCUCAGUUUAAGCAGUAAAGUUUGAUGAUUUAGUGACCUACAAAUUUGGAUAGCUAAAGUAUUUAGCACUUGAACCCAAUCAAGAAUUUAAGAUACAAUUUUUCUUCAAUCCCUAAUAGCCUGAAGAAUUGCUUAAACUCAAUAUACUUGUUGAAAAUGUUGUGAGUGAUGAGCAUACUCUCUUAUUGUAUAAGCCAGAAGUUGUAAUACACUAUAUUGAAAAGAGAUAUGAUAACUACUAAGCUGUUUCUUAUAGCAUGCAUAAAUUCCAUGAAAGCUAUUCACUUUCAUUUAAAGCCAAGUAAGGAUAAUACUAGAUAAUGUUAAAGUGGCCAGUUAAUCCGAAGUAUAAAGAUCUUUAGGAUAAACUAUUUUUGAAAGUUUUUAUGACCUAAAAUGACUCAAUUUUCUUACAGCCUAAUGCACAUUACUCAGCUCAUCUAUUAGGCGACUCUAAAACAGAAAUUGUUCAAAAGAAAACAGUUUCAACUGAAUUAUAAGAGCAUGAAACUGGAAUGGAAAUAGUCUUCCAUGUUUGUUAUGGAAAAUUAGAUUCUUUGGGUCUUAUACGUUAUACGGACAAUAAGCAGCAUAUUACUCGUUCAAUCUUGCUUACAGAAGCUCCAAAAAAUGUUUAUAUUUAUGAAUCUUUUGAAAAAGAAAAAGAGAUUUUCUUUGAAUUAAAGACUGGAAAAUAAGAAACCUUCUUUAAUGUUCACUCAUAAAAGAUAUAGAAGGGUUAGAUAUCACUCUAUUAAUAAAUAAAACUUCCUUCAGAAUCAAUAUCUUUCGAUGUCAAAGAUGAUAAAGUUAACUUAUUCUUUGAAGGUGUUAGUAUUAAGACGGAAUAUUAAUUAGAAAAUGUUAAACCAAAAAUUAAGUAUGAAGUUUACCUUUUCAAAAAAGUUUAAGAUGUAUAGAAUCAGUUAUGUCCUCAAAUUGAUUUGCUUGAGCUUGAUGAUGGUGUUGAGGAAAAGCCCAAUGAAGUGAAAAAAGAAUCUGGAUUAUUCAUUACUUCAUAUAUCAGCGAAUAAUUUAAUGAAAAUUAAACUGUGUCAUUUGAUAAAAAGAAAAUACUUGAAGAUAGAGAUUUCAAUAAUUUCUAUUUUACUGUCUAGGCUAGUGUAGAAUAUAACCAUCAAUAAGCUAAAUUGAUGUAUAAUAUUGAGAAAGUAUAUUCAGUAGAUUCACCAAUUUAUUAAGAACAAAGCGAUGCAUUUAAUUAUAUAUUAUACGCUAUUAUUGUAGGUUCUGCAAUAACAAUUGUAAUAUUAGUCAUUUUGGUAAGAAGAAAAAUGAAAUACGGUCUUUUACCUGAAACAAAUGAAGUUUAACUUGAGUAAGUUGUUUAAUAGGAAGUCAGUCAUAUGAAAGCUCCUAAUCACGUUAUAUCAGCUAACUAAAGUAUACAUGUUGAUUAAAAUCUUGGAGUACCAGAUUAAGAAAAUAUGAAACCCUCUUCAAUAACAUCAAUCAAUCCCUCUUCAGCAGUAUCAAUUAAUAAUACACAAAGAGGUUCUGCUAGAAAAAUAGUAAAUGUUUGA